AGGAAGCAAGAAUAUUCUCGUGGACCGAACGAGCGAGGGGGUUUGAGGUGAGGAAGGGAGGAGAUCGGUGCCCAGAUCGAUCGAUCGAUCGACGCUACUAAGAAUUCCUCUCGGGGCGCGUGUUCUGACGGAGGAUUACUUGGAGGGAGUAGUGUAACCGGGAGUCGAUUGUCGUAGUGAUUGUUAGCCAGUGGAAGAUGCAAGGAAGAAGAAUUGGAAGAAAAAUGAUAGAUUUAGUUUAAAAUAGAAGAGGUUUGUGCAGAUCAGCGCAAGGAGGGUGCAGAAUUUGCGAUGGGAUUUGGGUUACAGGUGUGAGAGCUUCCACAGGAGUGAGAUUUCUCAUAUGGGUUUCUGAGAUGUUUCGUAAUUCGGGUGGUGUAGCGAGAGGCGGAAAUGUAGGUUUUGUUUGAGACUUAAGUGGGGUCUCAACAGAGGUUGAGUGGUUUAGGGUUUGAGGAAGGUGGUGGAGUUGGGAGUGUGGCUAUGGCCACAUCUAGGUUGCUGUUGGUUGUGGGUGCUGGAACUGCUGGAUCAUUGGCUUUGCGGAACCCGAAAGUCGCCGAGCUUCUGAACGAUCUCUCCCAGGUCGUAACCAAGCACCUUUCCGAAGAGGACGGAUCAGGGGGCGAAAAUUCUGCCCUAGCUGCCCAAGUUCAGCGUCUGACACAAGAGCUUCGAUAUCUUGCAUCAUCACCCAGAAAUGUUACGGUGGUCAACGGUGGUUCUUCCACCAAUUACUCUUCACUAAUACUACCCGCUGCAACUAUAGGAAUUGUCGGUUACGGGUACAUCAAGUGGAAAGGGCUAAAAUGGACAGACUUCAUGUAUGUCACAAGGAAGCACAUGACUAAUGCCGUCGCAAGCGUCUCAAAGCAGCUUGAGACUGUAUCCACUGCCCUUCAGGCAACUAAACGACAAUUGACCGCUAAGCUGGAAGGCGUGACCAAGAGCUUGGAUGACAGUAUGAUCUUGCAAGGCCUGAUUAGAAAUCAAGUGACCGAGGUGCAGAGCGAGGUUGUGAGAGCUAAUGGAGAGAUUGGUGAAGUGCAGCGACUCGUAUUGGGACUAGAAGGGAAAAUUGACGAGGUCCAGGCUAACCAAGAAAUUGCCAAUCAGGGCAUCGUAUUGCUUUGCAGGUUUGUAGCUUCCUUGGACGGAUUUCAGUCACUUUCAUCACGGAGUUUACAACGAUCUGUGUCUACUCCACAGUCACUUACAUCUGGAGGAGGCGAUUUCUUGUGGUACCCAGGAUUGAAGGAGUUGCAAUACUUCACCGAGCUUCUGGCCACUGGAAGUCCUGGUAGUAAGGACCAAUCUAACGACAUGGAACGCAAAACGAACGAAACGGAAGUUACACCAAUCAAUAGUCGACCGGUUCUGGGAGGCAAGCCAUUACCGAGUCCAGCUGUUCGGAGAUCAUUUUCCUUCCGCUCUUCGGAUACUACUCCGUGAUUUCACACGCAUACUUGUAAGAUACAGUUCGGCCAUUUUCUGGUUUUAGUUUUAUGGGCAGCGUUGAAUGAACUGUUGGAAAGCUUUUAGAGAUAGCCCUUCUUGAAAUGUUGGAAUGGUUAUACUGUUUUACAUUCUUUUACUGCUUUGCAUUAACCCGAGUGCGUAGGCUAACAUUGACCAAACUACAUAUAUAACCAUCAAAGGUGGUCAUUCUAGUCCAAGACCCUUCAAGUGAGUUAUGAACUGGGAUGUCAUCUGUUAUUUCAGUCAUUGAAUUGAGCUCUGACUUCUUCCUUUCUGUAA